AUGGUAACAGAAGCUUCUGUUCCAGAUACCGAGGACGCAUCUUCUACUGCAGCUACCGAGGAUAGCUCCCCGACUCUGGAUACAGAGGAUAUCUCUUCUCCUCCAGCUACCGAAACGACAUCUCCGCCUCCAACCACAUGUCCCGAAACGGCUUCGAAUCUCGACGGCGCCGAAGUAUCUACGGAUCAUUCUCUAUCCGUGAACCUCUGGGAAGAAGUUUUUCGCAGCGUCAACGACGAGACGAAAACUUGGAUUCAAAAACAUGGGCUCAGCUCCACGCCAAAUGCUGAUUCCGACGGCCAGGCGAAAGCGCUUAUCGACCAUCUCCAGAGCCAAUCUUUGCUUAACAACAGAAGGACGCCCACAAAACUCAGAAUUGGCAACCAGACGAUUGUUUUCCGCGAAUAUGUGGCCGAUGUGGUCAACUUUCUCACCAUGGCUGGUGAUCUUACUGCAACGCUCGUGCCGCGAGAGACCAGUGCACCGUGGGCUGCUGGGAAGGCCCUAUUGAAACGAGCUGACCAAAUGGCAGCACUUGCUGCCACGAUCCAGUGGUUUACACGCGCUAUCCGCAGAGGUCAGGUGUAUGAGCUUCUAUAUAAGGCAUCAACGACGGACGAACAAGCUGUGUCGAACCUGCGAUCUGCACUCCUUGACCUAUACAUUGCGGCAAUGGAAUUCCUGGCUCGAUCUGACAAGUUGAUCAGAAGCGGGAAGGCCGGUCAAACUCUGGAAGUCCUUCUUCGGCCCCAACAAACUGCAGACUUCCUUUCAGAUUUGGUCAAGAAAGAACAAAAGGUCCAACUGGAAGCCCAGGCCUGUGAGUUGUCGCGCCAAGCCAAGGCCCAUGGGAAGCUUGAUCAAGGAAUAAAAACCGCGCUCGCAAGACUCGAUGGGCUCUCGUCACCGGUGACACGGAUCGACAAGGGUGUGGUCAGGCUCCUCGAGGCAGUUGACAGGGACCGACUGGAGAGGCUCAUGCACUUUAUCAGCUCUGAGAAAUUCGGGAAAAGUCACGCCACCGUCAGAGAAACAAGAACAGCCAACACGGGCAAUUGGCUGAUACAUCAUGACGGCUUUCGUGAUUGGCAAGCGAUACCCUCAUCUUCAGCAGUGCUUUGCCUUACAGGAACUGUGGGCACCGGCAAAACGUAUCUGACUUCUCGAGUGAUUGAUCACAUGAAGGGGAUUUUGGAAUCCUCAGCUCACGACGAAGGGUUCGCCUUCUUCUACUGUAACCGAUCUGGGCCUUCGAUGCAAGAUCCUCUCACGGUCCUGAGAAGUCUCGCACGCCAGCUAUCCUAUAGGGCAUUCGACUAUGACUUUCUUCAGAAAAAGGUCAUCCACAAAUGUGAACUAGCGAACAAAGAGGGGCGGGAUUUCGGUUACCAUGAUUGCAAAGAGCUCAUUCUAGACUCGCUGAACCUCUACUCAAGGACCACCAUCAUCCUUGAUGCUUUGGAUGAAUCUGACAUAACGAUUUACAACUUGGCAGAGAUUCUGAUCGAACUGGUGGGCAAGGCCACAAAGCCGGUCAAGCUCUUCAUAUCGACUCGCCCUGAUCGAGAGUACAUGGACGCAUUUGACACCAAGACUACCAUCACAAUCGACAGCAGCAAUCAACGAGAUGAUAUUGAGAGAUUUCUCAAUGAGAAGCUCUAUUCCACACGGCUAUUUAAGGACCGGCAGGAAGGGAUCCAGGGGCUCAUAAGGGAGACGUUUGCGUCUCGAAAUGGCGGAAUGUUUCGAUGGGUCUAUUUACAAGUCCAAAGGCUCAGAUUAUGCACCUCAGAUGACGCGAUUAGGCUGUGGGCUAAUACGAUACCCCCUGAUCUGAUGGGAACUUACGAUCAGCUGUGGGAGGGUAUACGAGCACAGCGCAACGAAUAUGACAUUGCCCUAGCUGAGCGGGCCGUUCAAUGGGUGAUGUGUUCUUUGGAGCCACUAAGUUCCGCAAUCUACUUGGAAGCAAUCCGAUAUGCUUUUGAGGGAGAUGGACUGGUGCAAAAAGACAAGCAAUCUGAACAGCAGAUAUUGUCACUCUGCCAGGACCUAUUGAUCAUCGAUGAGCAGAGACAAGUUUGGAUGCUGUCGCAUGCUUCCGUUGCUGAAUACUUCGAGUCCAAAGGCUUAUUCUUGGGGAAAUGCGAUGCUUUUGUUGCCAGGACAUCACUCAACUUUCUUAUGCAGUUUGAAUGGGAACCCUGGUACGUGGCACAGCCUUCUGAGGAAAUGCCCAUCUGUUCCUUCGGAGAGUAUGCUGCGCAUACGUGGCCUCUGCACGUCCAGCGGUACGACAAAUGGCUGGGCUCCAUGGGAGGCAUAGCACCGGAUGCAAGGCUUGUGAGGGCUCUCAAGCACUUCCUCGGGUCUCCAGAAGAAAGCAGCGAGCACUAUAAACGCUGGCUUGACAAGUGUCACUAUUUUACGAGAUGGAGCUCUAAAGCACAGCUAUUGCCCAACAACAUGGCUGUAUUCACCAUGUGUCGCUACGGUUUUUACAAUGUUCUGCGUGACUGGUGGCACAAUGGCAGUAUCACCGAAGACAUGGCGCUUUCGAGAUGCUCGGGCAGCUCCAAUGCACUCGGGCUUGCGGCCAUGGCCGAUUGUGCGCCGAUCUGCAGAAUACUAUUGCGUGUUAUGGAUAUCAACAAUCCUCUCGCCGAAGGGCACUACAGGGCAAUGAAAACUGCGAUAGUUCGAGGCAACAAGGACAUUAUCUCGCUUCUGGUGUCGGAGGGCAGGGUCGAUGUCAACGCCGACGUCCAAGAUUACUUCAUGAGGUCUACUCCGGUUCAGUGGAUGAUCAUGCAGAAUCUCGAUCUGCUACCGUGGGCUUUGGGCCAAGGCUGGGUGGAUGUGAACAGCGAAGCCGGCAGCAGCUAUGGCAAUGCGCUGACCACAGCGGUAUGCAGAGGCACGCCCCAAGCGGUCCGGAUUCUGCUCGAAGCCGGGGCGGAUGCGAAUGCCCCUGUGGAGUGCGGCAUCUACGGAAGUGCUCUUGUCGCUGCUGCUACAAGGGCCGACUAUAGCCAGGUGGAAAUCAUGCGGUUGCUUGUCGCCCACGGCGCAGACGCCAAGCUGCCCCUGAAGAGCGGUCGAUACGGCAGCCCGCUGGAAGCGUUGUUUUCUUUCUUCCCGGCAGCAGAGCACAGGCCGAAGUGCCUCAGCGAGGCGCUGGAGUUUUUACUCAAGGCUGGUGCGGAUCCCGCCGCGACGUUGAGCGUGGGACGUCACGGCAGUGCUCUGGCGGCCGCCGCAUGGCUCGGUUGCAAGGACUUGCUGGCCUUGAUGAUUGAGGUUGUCGGGAGGGAACAGACAGUCGAGUGUCUAGAGCGGAGCAGACAUCCAGAGUCAGAGCCCUUUUUCAAAGAAGCUCACUGGGAGACUUGGAAGCAACGGGCGAAGGAGACGAUAACAUAUCUGAGAGACGAGGUGGGAGUGGAUAAGGAGGUUCUGUACAAGGUCGGGUUGUGGCUGGUUGAGCCGGAAGAGGUGGGCACAUUUGACGGGUUCACAUUCAGGUACUAUUAG